AUGGGGAGGAUCUGCAUCUCCUGCCUUUUGCCUGCUUCUUGGCAUUUUAGCAUCUCUCCUGUGGGGUGUCUUCGAAUCCUGAAUACCAACUUGCGCCAAAUUAUUGUCAUAAGCAUUCUGGCUGUUACUGUUUCACUUUUAUACUUUUCUGUUGUCAUAAUCCGAAAUAAGUAUGGGCGGCUAUCCAGAGACAAGAAGUUUCAAAGGUACUUGGCACGCGUUACUGACAUUGAAGCUACCGAUACCAAUAACCCCAAUGUGAACUACGGUAUUGUGGUGGACUGUGGGAGCAGUGGGUCUCGAAUAUUUGUGUACUGCUGGCCGAGGCAUAAUGGCAAUCCUCAUGAUCUGUUGGAUAUUAGACAAAUGAGGGAUAAAAACAGAAAGCCGGUGGUUAUGAAAAUAAAGCCUGGCAUUUCAGAAUUUGCCACCUUUCCAGAGAAAGUCAGUGAUUACAUUUCUCCACUCUUGCACUUUGCUGCAGAGCAUGUGCCACGGGCAAAACACAAAGAGACUCCUCUCUACAUUCUCUGUACAGCUGGGAUGAGAAUCCUUCCGGAAAGUCAGCAGAAAGCCAUCCUGGAAGACCUCCUGACUGAUAUCCCUGUGCACUUUGACUUUCUGUUUUCUGACUCCCAUGCAGAAGUAAUUUCAGGGAAGCAAGAAGGUGUGUAUGCUUGGAUUGGCAUUAAUUUUGUCCUUGGACGAUUUGAGCAUAUUGAAGAUGAUGACGAAGCAGUUGUGGAAGUCAACAUUCCUGGCAGUGAAAGCAGUGAAGCCAUUCUCCGCAAAAGAACAGCGGGCAUUCUCGACAUGGGCGGCGUGUCCACUCAGAUAGCAUAUGAAGUCCCCAAAACUGUAAGCUUUGCCUCCUCACAGCAGGAGGAAAUAGCUAAAAACUUACUAGCAGAGUUUAACUUGGGAUGUGAUGUUCACCAAACUGAGCAUGUAUACAGGGUGUAUGUGGCCACGUUUCUUGGAUUUGGUGGCAAUGCUGCUCGACAGAGAUAUGAAGACAGAAUAUUUGCCAACACACUUCAAAAGAACAGGCUCCUGGGUAAACAGACCGGUCUGACUCCUGAUACUCCGUACCUGGAUCCCUGCUUGCCCCUAGACAUUAAGGAUGAAAUCCAACAAAACGGACAGACCAUGUACCUCAGAGGAACAGGAGACUUUGGCCUGUGUCGAGAGACCAUUCAGCCUUUCAUGAAUAAAACAAAUGAAACACAGACUUCCCUCAAUGGGAUCUACCAGCCUCCAAUUCACUUCCAGAACAGUGAAUUUUACGGCUUUUCUGAAUUUUACUAUUGCACUGAAGAUGUGUUACGAAUGGGGGGAGACUACAAUGCUGCUAAAUUUACUAAAGCUGCAAAGGAUUAUUGUGCAACCAAGUGGUCCAUCUUGCGGGAACGCUUUGACCGUGGACUCUAUGCCUCUCAUGCUGACCUCCACAGGCUAAAGUAUCAGUGCUUCAAAUCUGCCUGGAUGUUUGAGGUGUUUCAUAGGGGCUUUUCGUUUCCUGUCAAUUAUAAAAAUUUGAAGACCGCCUUGCAAGUUUAUGACAAGGAGGUUCAGUGGACCCUAGGUGCAAUCCUUUACAGGACUCGCUUUUUACCCCUAAGAGAUAUCCAGCAGGAGAUUUUCCGGGCCAGUCAUGCUCACUGGCGAGGCUUCUCCUUUGUCUACAAUCACUACCUGUUCUCUGGCUGCUUCUUGGUGGUUUUGCUGUCCAUCCUUCUCUACCUGCUGCGACUCCAGCGCAUUCACCGGCGGAUGCUCCGGAAUGGCUCGGUCGCCACCCUGUGGAUGGAGGAAGGCCUUCCAGCUCAGAAGAUGGCCGGGACUUUAUGAGCCUGGGAGUUAUCCCACUCCAGGAAGACUCUCAAGGAAAAGCCAUUUUUGCCUCAGGGUUUCUCCUUUUUAUUCUCAUUCAGUUUUGUUUUUCCUUUCUCUUUUGGUUUCUUAAAACAGAAGCAAAAUCCA